CUGGAGGAGAGAAUCGUCAGGCUAUCAGCUGCUCAGACAGAGGCAAGGGGCAGGAGAGACUGUUAGCAACAAUCUUGACACUGAACCAUCCUGUGUGGGAAAGAUCCUGCUGCCUUUUAGCAGCUGCCAGCCAUGACGAACACUGUAUUUGGGAACAACACUGACCGCUGGGUCUGUCCAAAUGAUCGCCAGCUCACUCUCAGAGCAAAACUCGGGGCCGGCUGGUCAGUCCACACAAACAAAACGGAGAAGCAGCGGAAAAGUGAGGAGCUGACUGAGGAGGAAAAGGAAAUUAUCAACAGGGUGAUUGCCCGAGCAGAGAAGAUGGAGGAGAUGGAGCAGGAACGAAUUCAGCGCCUCGUGGAUCGUUUGGACAACAUGCGAAAGAACGUUCUGGGUGAUGGCUUAUCUCGCUGCAUCUUGUGUGGGGAGCAGCUGGGUCUGCUGGGCUCCCACGCAGUAGUGUGUGAAGACUGCAAGAAGAAUGUCUGCACCAAGUGUGGGAUUGAAGCAUCCAAACGGCCUCAGACACUGUGGCUGUGCAAGAUCUGCAGCGAGCAACGAGAGGUCUGGAAGCGUUCUGGUGCUUGGUUUUUUAAAGGUUUGCCAAAACAGGUCCUACCAGAACCAAUGCCUGUUAACAAACAGAAUCUUGAGCCUGUCAAGGGGGAGCAUUCUUCGCAAGUGCCGCCAGGUCCAGAGCAGAAAACUCCUCACAAGCUCACAAGAGGCAGUGAGGUUGGGUCUGUGCCUACUGAGCAAGUUCCAGACAGUUCCAUUCCAUCAGGACGCAGGCCACCAGAAUCACAAAUGGCAGCAGGUAGCGAAUAUGGUGAAAAUGAGAAUCAGGGUGGGUACAGAUGUGAUAUGGAGAAUGACUCCAGUAGGAGCCCAGGAGGUGGACGACGCAAUGUUUCAGCUCAGGGCUCACGCCCUCCCUCAGCUUUACACCAAACCAACCCUGCACAGCCAUCUCAAGCAGGUGUGCCUGGAACCUAUAGACCAGGUCAGGGAGUGACUCCCAGAUAUCCUGAACAAAUGUCAAUGGUAGGGUCCCCAUCCUUGUCACAUUCUGUGAGCAACCAGCCCACCCCAUCAUCGGAUACAAGUUAUACCCCAGUGAAGGAGGAGAGAGCUGUCCACCACCGCCCACCAUAUACAGCACCAAGUACAGCCUCAGCACUGCCUCCUUCCACACAACAGCAGCAGCAGGAAGAUGAAGAAGAAGAUCUUUAUGACUCAGAUGAAGCCACUACAUUGGGAGCACUGGAGUUCAGUCUAAUAUAUGACCAGGUCAACAAUGCUUUGCACUGCACCAUCAUAAAAGCAAAGGGACUGAAACCAAUGGACUCCAAUGGCUUGGCUGAUCCGUAUGUGAAAAUACAUCUCCUGCCUGGAGCCAGCAAGUCAAACAAGCUACGCACAAAAACACUACGCAACACCCGAAACCCUGUGUGGAAUGAACGGCUAACAUACCACGGAAUCACUGAGGAUGAUAUGCAGAGAAAAACUCUCAGGAUCUCUGUCCUGGAUGAAGAUAAGUUUGGUCACAAUGAAUUCAUCGGGGAGACCAGAGUUUCUCUGAAAAAACUUAAACCUAAUCAAGCAAAGAACUUCAACAUCUGUUUGGAGAGAGUGGUGCCAGUAAAACGAGGUUCAACAGUUGGAUCAUCACGAGGAAUGUCACUUUAUGAGGAUGAGGCUGAUCAUAAUGUUGAUACUGAAGAGAGAGGCCGGAUUCUUGUCUCCCUCCUAUACAGCAGCCAGCAGGGAGGCCUGAUAGUCGGAAUUGUACGUUGUGUUCAUUUAGCGGCUAUGGAUGCCAAUGGAUACUCUGAUCCUUUCGUCAAAAUCUGCCUCAAGCCUGACAUGGGAAAAAAGGCCAAACAAAAGACUCAGAUCAAGAAGAAGACGCUGAACCCUGAAUUUAAUGAGGAAUUCUUCUAUGAUAUUAAACACAAUGACCUGGCUAAGAAAACUCUGGAACUCUCCGUGUGGGAUUAUGACAUUGGCAAAGCCAAUGAUUAUAUUGGCAGUAUCAUAAUGGGCAUUAACGCUAAAGGUGACUGUUUAAAGCACUGGUACGAGUGCCUGAAGAACAAGGAUAAAAAGAUUGAACGCUGGCAUACUCUCUACAAUGCAAAUCCCAUUCCCAGUGACUGAUCUACGUUCUUACCAGAGCCUACGUUCAGUUUGUGCCAUCAAAUUUGGUCACUUCCCUCCUCCUCUGUCCAUCUCAUUCUCUUUCAUUUGAAAAUACUUUGAUGAGAGGACACUAUUUCUGUGAAAAGUGUUUCAUCAACAUUUGUCUUUUGUUUACGUACAAACUGUAUACUACAAUCGUCUUGGAACACAUCACUGCACCGUACAUGCGAAACAUCACUGUGAGAAAAAUGGUGCAUGAUCAUUCUGAUAUUACUUCUUCUCCUCACCUCCUUAAAGGUUCCCAAACAAUAUCCUGGGAAGACCUGGUCACAUUAAACUAAGACCUGGGUUUGCAUCUCUUUACUUUCUAGAAGCACUUGGCCUUUCUUUGACAAACGGUAUCCAAUUAGACCCAGCUGAACUAAUCAUUGUGAUGGAGGAACAUGCAGUUUCCUCAAUAUUGUGGCACUGGCCGAUUACCAGGUUCUAGAUAGUGGGGUGCAUGAGGGCCAAUAAACAGGGGUCCAGGGCUCUAGCAAGCCACUGUGCCCUGGGCUGGGACCAGGAACAUAACCAGGACCCAUGAUUUCUCUUCCUUUCCCUGUAUUUUACAGUGGGUAUUCUGUACCAGGGCAGGUGAUCAGCUGAAACCUGCAUGCAACAACCAUCAACUCCAACCCCCAUAUCUUUUAUGAUGAAUCUUUGUGCUGAUUUAUACUCACCAGACUUGUCCAAGAGUUCAAAUGCAGUGGAAUCUGGAUCUUGGGGCAGACUGUGGAUCCAUAGGUUUCCUACCGUUUAAAAUUGCACUUCUCAGCUUCUACCACAGUAAGAAAUUUUUUGAGUCCUGGUCUGGGGCUUUCUGGAUAUGUUUGUCUUUUAGGAUUUUGGCAGAUCCCUACAGUUUAGAAAAGAAUUGUAAUCUGAGAAGACUGACAACAUUACUUUCCUUUCCAUUUUAACCUGUUUCAGUUCUCCAACUUUUUUUUUGCAACAGUAAACUGUCAAUACCAAUGUCCAUCUCCUCAAUCAACAUGAACCUCUGUUGCAUCACUAGACCUACAAGUGGCUGCUUCAAAUGACUUGCAUUUCCAAGGAAUAGGGCAGGGUCAGUAACAAGCACAGCACUAGAUGCAAGUAAUGCCACAUCAUACUUCUGCCAUAGUAAAGGAUGCAGAAUUUCCUGACCAUUGUCUCUAAUGGAAAAGCAAUUUGAUCUAAAAUGAUUAAAGUCCUGUAAUUGCUUAAAAGGCAAUUGCGUCAAUCUCUUUGACAGUGAACUUUAAGCUCUAAAAUACGUCCAACCCAAAUUUUUACCUAGAUCAAUAGGUUUAUUAAAAAUAUUUUGAGCAUAAAGAUGGAGUCAUCUAGUACUUUAGAAUGUUCUAACCCUAUGCGAUAGAGAAUCAUUAGCUUCCAAAAAUGGGUAUUUCCAUUGUAGCAUUGAACUCAAUGUUUGACCUACUUUUUAGGAGAAACAGCAUAGAGGAGAGAAUUUAAAGGCAAAAUAUAUGAUGCCGAAGUGCUUAAAGUUGUAAAGGGAAAUCUCUGGAUGCUUCUUGGUCUCUUUGCCAUUGCAAUAUUUAUUUGUUAGAGGGAAAAGGGGGUAACCAUUUUAUAAAGAAAAUCCUCUCACCUAACACCAUCAAUGCCAAGGGUUGCCCUCAGCAUUUUAUUCCUAUUCGUGCCACCACUGAAUGCAAGGUCAUAACAUGAAUGGGAAGAAGUUCUAAAUUAAUAAUCUGCUAUCAGGCUGCAUCUAACCCAUUUGCAAUAAAACACAAAACAGGAACAAAAAAUACACAAGACAAGAGAGAUGAAAGAGUUAUCUUUUUAUAAGUUUGAGGUAAUUCUGUAGAAUAAGGGUCAUUUAUGAAUGAUUUACAGACAGUGUAAAUGAAUCGCUACAAUGAUUUAAUUUUUAAAAUGGGCAUGGGGAAAGAUUCCAAAGUAAAAAGGAAAUUCUGGAGGACUUGGUUGUAUAAGAAGACUAUCAUUAGAAAAGGCUUUUUUUAACCUAUGCUUUAGGUGCUGCAUCAUCCACAAUUUCCGCACUUUUGAUCAUAGUUUUAAUUAAAACUAUUAUCAAUUAAUUUAGGAUGACAUUAGGAGAUCCUAAAUAUUAUUUUAAUGCUCUAAAUUAUAGGGAGUAUCCAAUGCUGAUUGCUAGUGGCUCAUCUUUCUGAGGUACUGGGAGGAUUUCUUGUACUUACCUUAUGUAGAGCUUCUGUCUGAGAGACAGGAGAAGAAUGUAGGUGGAAAAAAAAAACUGUUCAAACAACUUCUGAAACAAAAUUUAGCAACUUUCAGCAUUUGAGACAACAGACAAUACUUCACCCUUGAAGAGAAUGCCUGACUGGAUGAAUUAUCUGUCUUCUACACAGAUGUUGCCUGAACUAUUGUGUUUCCAACAUUUGCAGUUUCUGUUUCAGAAUUCCUGCAUAGACAUAAUUUUUUUUUGUCCACACAUCCUCUGUUUAAUGAAGCCACAUAUUUCCAAAUUUUUAAUUAUCUUCUCAAUCUAUCUGUACCUCUGUUACCUUGCAAUUAAAGAGGUCACCAAUAAAAGGAGUUAACAAGGAAAGGAGGAUCAAAUAUUCACUGAAUGACAGCAUAAUCUUAAAUGAUUUUUAACAGUACUGACCAAUCAUAGUCUCCAUUGUCUUCUCACUAUUUAGCUAUCUAUCUUUCUUAAUUCCAAAGAGAAUGACCUCAUCCAUCCCCACAUUAAAAUCCAACAGUACAGUUUGACCUGCUCUCUGGCUCUAUCAGUAACCUUUGCAACAAUUUAGACCUGCCUAGAGAAAGAAAGAUUAAACAAGGGGACUUUGGUUACCAUGUGCUCUCACCUUUGGAACCUGGGUAUAAAAUCGCUCCUGACUAAUGCAUGAAAACAACUGCUUUUUCUUUCUCCCUGCUGGCCAUUAAGGUCCUAAUUGAAAUUAAUUGGGUGUGGUCAUGGAAUGAUAAACUGUUAUGUUGGUUUGCAAAACAAAAAUUUGUUCAUAAUUUAUGUGGAUGUCUUGCUCAAGAGGAAAACUGCAUCCUUGUGUGGAAAAUGGAAUUACAUAUUGAAGGUUUUCUGAAUCUAGAAGAUAUAGAACCAACUUGUUGGUGUAGAGUGGGGGCAGUGUUAAUCUAGCUCAUCCUGAAUGUGCCAUGUAUGGGCUUAAUAUGAAUGCUUACUGCUAAAAUGAUAAAAGUGCUUCAAUUCAUAACUCUUGCAAACAUCGUGUAAUGGAAACAAAACUCAUCUCCUGCACCCACCACCCAGCAAAUGCAAGAAAAUUUACAACAGCAAUAUUGUGCAUUUUGCACCAUAAAUAUACUGAAGAAUUCCAAGGUGCUCAACAAGAAUGUGAUCAAAUAAAAUUUGACACCAAUGAAAAGGUUAGACAAUGUAACAUUUUGAGAAAUAACUUGGGUGGUGAAGAGAGUAGCAAAGAGAUUUAUGGUGGGAAUUUCAGGCAACAAAAGCCAAUGGCAAUCAGAAUAACUUUCCUGUUCCUGGAUGAUUGAUUUGGAAAACUUAAUUUCAUGUUUUCCUGGGGCAAUGCAAGUACAUUAGUUGGUGUAGAAUUAUUGGCUGUGCUUUGUUGCAGACAAAUUAUAAAUGGCACAAAUGUCAAGCAUUAACUGUUUAAUAAGCACAAUGAGAUCACAAUAGUAUUGCAACAGGAGACACAAAACCAUAUCUGCCAGUGCAUGAAUCUCUCCAGAGCACCUUACUGAACUGAAUUUUUUUCAUUCUCUCUGUUCUAUGUAUGCUAACUGUCACCUAAUUCCCAAAUCUUCAUUAAAUGGCCAGGAAGGAGGUUUAGAAGAAAGAAGAUACUUGGUAUGAAAACUUCCCAUAAGCAACUGUUGUGUUCAGGAGCUUAUCAAUCAAAUAAUAAUUGUCUUCCAGUUAUUUUUUUUUUCAAUUCUAUCUCAACCAAUGUGAGACGGAUGAUUCUGGAGUUAGGUAUUCAUUCAGACACUCCUGCCCAUUCUAUGAAGCUUAGCACAGAAUCUGAAGAGUCAGCAUGGAGAAACAAAUUGCAUUGUAAUGAUUUUGUACGUCUAGAUGUCUUGAACUCUUUGUAAAUAGGUUAUGAUACAGUAUUUAAUCAAAUAUGAUAGUGGCAUCUAGUAACAGAACAUCAGUAGGUCACUGACCAUUACUUCCUACAGUAUUAAUAGGUCAUCUAUUUUGGGCAGCUUUGAUGCCUUUCUGUGGUGCUUCAUUGGAAUGCCAAAUAUCCAUGUCAGAUAUGUUAAUUUUCAAUUAUGUUUCCACCUGAGACUUACACUUAACUGCAUUAACAGAUAUGCUAAAACUAAGUAAUUUCACCUGUCUGAUUUUGUAACUAUUGUGUAAGAUAUAAUCUAGAGAAGCACACCUUUACAGAUUCUUGACAGACAAAUUUGGCACAUUUAACAAUACAGUAUUACAAGAUUUAACAGUUAAUUUAGAAUCUCAUCUCAUUGUCUUAAUAUAAUCUGAAUGCUGAAUUUUCAGAACUUUACAUUUUCAAUCUUUGAAUUUGAAAUGUUAUCUUUAAUUCUUUUCUUAAUUGUGGCUUUUUAGCUAUUAUUCCAAGCUUCCACCUCCGCAGCAGAAUAUUAGAAUACUAUAGCACAUCAUUGAGGUUCAACAGCAUGAUAGUAACUAAAACAGCAUUCAGUCAAAUGGAGUGUUGAAUUCCUCCAUUACCAAAUACUUACAUGUAGAAAUCAUAAGGCAUAUCAUGGAUUCAUUAAAUCUUAUUGAAACUCAUCAAUAUUUCAUAGGUGGUAGAGACGUUUUGAGAUUUCACAUUUUUUAAUAUAUCACGGGAUAUGGGUAUCGCUAGCUGCCCAUCCCUAAUGCCCCUGAUAAAGUAUUAGUGAAACACCUGGUUGAACCACUGUAAAUACAUAUGGUGCAGGGUGCUGAUAUCUCACAGAGUCACACUGACACUUGCUGAGGUUUUAUAAAACCACACAGUAGUUCACUGAGAUUCCAUGGAUUACCAUUGAAUCUUUCUAAAACUUCCCAAAAUAUAAGACAGUACGUAACAUCAUGCACAUUUGGCAAUGUGAUAUUAUUGUAAUUAGUUCCCUUAUAACAGAUGCAUGGGUCAGAAUACUCUACUUCUUGUUAUCAAACCUUUGCAAAACAUCUUCCACAUGAUUCUGGAGAAGGACAUCAAAACAGUCAGGAAGAAAAUGGCUAUCUUUAACAGCAGAAUGGAAAUCAGACAUUAAUUUUAAUCCUUACUUGUCAUUGUCCUAAUACACAAAGUGCUUUAUCCUUUAUGUUUGAAAUAGUUUAUAAUAAUCAUGUAUCAUUAUCUGAUCUCUGUCUAUGCUUCUGUCCACCUAUCUGUAAUCUACUUGCUGCUAUGAGUUUAGGCAGUGCAUGUUGCUAUAUAGCAGUCAGUUCAGAAAACAACCUAUAUUUGGGGCUCUUAUGGAGUUGAGUCAUUCAAGAGCAACAAUGAUAGGAUCUAAUUUAAUGCUAAUAUCCAGAAAAAAUUAAAAUGUCUCUUUUGUGUGCUUCUGGGUAAAAGAAAAAUCCACCAACACUGAAGAUGGUCAGUAAUACAGUUGGUCCAGCCCGAGCUCUGUUUAUAAAUAGCAUGUGAUAUCUUUUUAAUCAGCAUGUUCAAACUGGUUACCUAGGAAGCUGCAUGCUGUUUUGCAGUGGAUAUACAUUCAACUGGAUAUAAGAAACCAAAACUUGAUUUUGUAUUGAGGUGCCUGCAAUAUUUAGGCUGUCUUCCAGUGCAUGCAGAUAUAAGCUGUGAACCACUUUGUCCUGAUGUUGCCUGUAAAGUGAUACAACACACAAUCCUGUCUUGCUCUAAGCUAAC